UUCUAAAGAAAGAUUUAUUUGUAUGAAUAUAGAAGGAAAUUUGGUUUUAAAGCUAUUUCUCCCUUCCAAAUAUUUACCAGGCCUGAUCCUGCUUAGCUUCUGAUGUUAGAGGAGAUCAGGCACAUUUAGGAUGAUAUGGUUGUCUAGUUUUAAAGAUACUUCUAUUGAAUUAAAGCCAUCUCUAAGUGAUGGUGACGACGAUUUUCCCCCUUUCUAGCUGGUUGUAAUGGCUUGUAGCAACUUACACUUAAUGUUGCGGGUCGCUUUAAUAUGGCUAUUCUCUGUGGCAGAUGCUUUUGUAUCUUAAAAUAUUUUUAAAUGUUAUUAUACAAUAUUCUUCUUGGGUAAUUUUGUGAUCCUACUGAUACUUAAUUUAAUUUGACGUUUUCCUAAAACAUUUAUAUAUAUGUAAUUUUUUUCCUCAUAGACCAGCUUGACUUCAGUGGAAUAAUAAAUUUCCCAUACAAACGUUAAACAUUCAAGAUCAGACUUAUUCAAACCUCUAUGUAUCAUGUAUCAGGCUAAUUGGAAACUUGAAGAAAAUAUAUUUUACUGUAGAGAUUUUUUCUAAAAAUUAUUUGGCUAGAUUUCCCUGAGUCAGUAGCUUAUGUGUCAUUUAGCAAAGCGUGCUGCUGCUGGAAGUGACUGUUCUAAGGCUGUUUGUACAAAGUGUUAAAUACCUGCUCUUUCCCUCAAGGCUUUAAUUAGUAUCUUUUCGGCCUUUUUUGUGUUUUUUGUUAUUCAAUUAGUUAAUUUUUUUUCUACAUAUUGCCAAAUAUCUUACUGACCAGAAGAGGAGUUUCAUCCUUUGCUUUCAAUUUAGUACUUGAGCAUUACUUUAAAAGCUUCUUAUAAUUGGAGACUAACAAAUUUGUGUUUUCUUCAAACAGAUGAAAACUUUAUUCUCAAACAUGACAGAGCGUUCCUUUUGUCAAUGGCAAAUCGAGGGAAACAUACCAAUGGUUCCCAGUUUUUCAUAAACAGUGUUACACCGUGCGCUCCAAAGAACUACAAAGCCUGCUCCACACUUGGAUGGGGUUCAUGUUGUCUUUGGACUGGUUAUAUCUGGUUUUGAAGUAAUUGAACAGAUUGAAAAUCUGAAAACGGAUGCUGCAAGCAGACCUUAUGCAGAUGUCCGAGUUAUUGACUGUGGAGUACUUGCCACAAAGUUGACAAAAGAUGUUUUUGAGAAAAAAAGGAAGAAACCAACACAUUCAGAAGACUCGGACUCUUCUUCCAACUCCUCUUCCUCUUCAGAGUCAUCCUCAGAAAGCGAAGUUGAACGAGAGAGAAUCAGGAGGAGGAGACAUAAGAGGAGGCCAAAAGUCAGACAUACUAAAAAGAGACGGAAAGAGAUGAGCGGUUCAGAGGAACUGAGAAGGAAGUGCACAGUGAGCCCUGAGGGUUACUCUGAGAGGAGUGAUGUGAAUGAAAAAAGAUCAGGUGAUUCAAACACUAAAAGAGAAAAGCCCGUUGUUCGACCAGAAGAGAUUCCUCCAGUUCCUGAGAACCGAUUUUUACUUAGAAGAGAUGUGCCUGCUAUCGCUGUGGAGCCUGAACAGAAUGUUCCAGAUGUUGCACCUGUUGUAAGUGAUCAGAAACCAUCUGUAUCAAAGUCUGGACGGAAAAUCAAGGGAAGAGGAACAAUUCGCUAUCACACACCUCCAAGGUCAAGAUCCCACUCCGAGUCCGAAGAUGAUGACAGCAGUGAAACCCCACCUCACUGGAAGGAGGAGAUGCAGAGACUGAGAGCCUACAGGCCACCGAGCGGAGAGAAGUGGAGCAAAGGAGACAAGCUAAGUGACCCCUGUUCAAGCAGAUGGGAUGAAAGGAGCUUGUCCCAGAGAUCCCGAUCAUGGUCCUAUAAUGGGUACUAUUCAGACCUUAGUACAGCAAGGCACUCUGAUGGUCACCACAGAAAACGCCGGAAGGAAAAGAAGCUUAAGCAUAAAAAAAAAGCUAAAAAGCAGAAACAUUGCCGAAGACACAGACAGACAAAGAAGAGGAGGAUAGUUACGCCACCUGAUUUGGAACCCUCAAGAUCUCCCACCCACCGAGUGAAGUCCUCCAGUGUUGGAGAAAGGAGACCUCACGCCUCCUCAUCCUCUCAGUGCUCGUCAAAGCGGGAUUGGUCCAAAUCAGACCGAGAUGACAGGAGCGCUUCCACCCGCUCCAGCAGAGACUCCUACAGAUCCAAGUCUCAUUCAGGAUCAGAUUCUAGAGGGAGCUCUAGAUCAAGGGCUGCGUCAGAGUCCUCAUCGCGCUCUCAUAAUAGAUCAAAGUCUAGAUCUAGUUCCAGGUCUGGGCCCCGAAGAACAACAUCAGUAUCCCCCAAAAAACCUGCUCAGCUGAGUGAAAGUAAGCCAGUUAAGACAGAACCUUUAAGGUCAUCAAUGCCACAGAAUGGAAGUGUGCUCGUGCAGCCAGUGGCAGCAGAAAACAUUCCUGUAAUACCAUUGAGUGACAGCCCUCCCCCUUCUAGGUGGAAGCCUGGACAGAAGCCCUGGAAGCCCUCUUACGAGCGAAUUCAGGAGAUGAAAGCUAAAACAACCCACUUGCUGCCUAUACAAAUCACAUACAAUUUAACAAAUGUUAAAGGAACUGUGAGUUCCUCAUCUUAUCACAAAAGAGAAAAAGCUUCAGAAAGUGAUGGGAGUGCUUAUUCAAAGUACAGUGAUAGAAGUUCUGGAAGCUCAGGAAGGUCAAGGAGCAAGUCUUCUAGGAGCAGGUCAUCCUCCAGAUCAUACACAAGGUCAAGGUCACGAAGUGUACCUUCGUCCCGCUCGCUCUCUAGGUCUCCAUCCUCUAGGUUUCACUCGCCAGAUAAGUACAGUGAUGGCUCCCGGCACAGCAGGUCAUCUUCAUACACUUCUGUUAGCAGUGACAAUGGAAGACGAGCCACAUUUAGAUCCAGCAGGAAAAAAAGUGUCAUUUCAAAUAAAAGACACCGCAGCAGCUCUGAAAAGACACCUCACAGUACAUAUGCCAAAGGCAGAGAGAAGUCUUCACGUCACAGGAAGUAUAGUGAAAGCAGAUCAUCUUUAGAUUACUCUUCAGACAGUGAACAGUCACAUGUUCAAGGAGUACACUCAGCCCCAGAGAAGGAAAAGCAGGGAAAAGUGGAAAUGUUGAAUGGUAAACAGGGGAAAGGCAGAGAGGAAGGAAAAUCCAAGCCUGAAUGGGAAUGUUCUCAUUCUAAAAAGAGAACUCUCAAAGGUGAUCUUCCUGAUCACUCUAGAGGUGACAGUGUGUCCAAAGGAAAGAACUGUGCUGGGAGUAAAUGGGACUCUGAAUCAAACUCAGAACAAGAUGUGACAAAGAGCAGGAAAAGUGAUCCCCGGAGAUGUUCUGAUAAGGAGGAGGGGGAAGCUUCAUCAGACUCCGAGUCAGAAGUUGGCCAGAGUCACAUCAAAGCCAAACCCCCAGCCAAACCUCCAACAAACACUUCCCUGCCUGGCAGCGAUGGUGCCUGGAAGUCUAGGAGGUCACGGUCUUCAGCCUCUGAGUCAGAGAGCUCCUGCUUCAACUUGGGGAACAUUAGAGUGGAGCCCCAGAAGCAAAAACAUUUGAAGGAUAGUCUUAAAGGGGAGAGAGAGAAAUCAAAAGCCAAAAAAGACAAAAGGCACAAGGCUCCAAAACGGAAGCAAGCUUUCCACUGGCAACCUCCACUCGAGUUUGGGGAGGAGGAGGAAGAAGAAGAGGAGGUGAAUGGAAAGCAAGUUAUGCAGGACCCGAAAGAGAAAAAGCAUGUCUCUGAGAAGUGCGAGGCUGUGAAAGACAACACUCCAAAAGGAGAGAAAACCUGUAAUGAAGGUAGCUGCCCAAAUACACCCAAAAUGGGUACUUUAGAGCAGGACUCACUUGCAGAGGGUGAGCACGAUCUCAACUCUUGCCCUGCACCUCUGAAAGUGGAGGAAAACUCGACCAGCUCUCCCCCUAGCACCCAGCACCUUGAAGAGCCUGUCCCAGGUGGAGGGGAGGAUGUGCUUCAGACAGAUGACAACAUGGAGAUUUGCACCCCCGAUAGGACUUCCCCUGCAAAGGGAGAGGGGGUGUCCCCUUUAGCAAACCACAGGCUAGACAGCCCAGAGGUCAGCCUUAUUCCAGAGCAGGAUGAGCACAGAUCAGGAGGGAAACAAGAGAGCAGUGUGUCUGAAAGCAAGACCUUGGGUGAAAGUGGGGUUAAACAGGACAGCUCUACCAGCUUGACCAGUCCUGUAGAGAUUGCUGGAAAGAAGGAGGGGGCUGAGAAGAGCCAGGUGAACCCCACAGAUAAGUGGAAGCCACUGCAAGGUAUAGGGAAUGUGGCAGUGUCUGCUGCAACCACAUCCAGCACUCUAGAUGUAAAGGCUUUGUCUACCGCGCCUGAAGUGAAACCACAAGGCUUGAGAAUAGAAAUCAAAAGCAAAAAUAAAGUUCGGCCUGGGUCUCUCUUUGAUGAAGUAAGAAAGACAGCACGCCUGAAUCGGAGGCCACGGAAUCAAGAGAGUUCCAGUGAUGAGCAGACACCUAGUCGGGAUGGCGAUAGUCAGUCCAGGAGUCCACACAGAUCUCGAAGUAAAUCUGAAACCAAAUCUCGACACAGAACAAGGUCUGUCUCAUACAGUCACUCACGAAGUCGAUCUAGAAGUUCCACCUCAUCUUACCGAUCAAGAAGCUACUCUAGAAGCCGAAGCAGGGGCUGGUAUAGCAGAGGCCGAACCCGCAGCAGGAGCAGCUCCUACGGAAGUUUCCAUAGCCACAGGACAUCCAGCAGGAGCCGGUCCAGGAGCAGCUCCUAUGACCCCCACAGCCGCUCCAGCAGAUCCUACACCUACGACAGCUACUACAGCCGGAGUCGUAGCCGCAGCCGCAGCCAGAGGAGUGACAGUUACCAUCGGGGUAGAAGUUACAACAGGCGGUCCAGGAGUAUUAGGUCCUAUGGCUCGGACAGUGAAAGUGACAGAAGUUACUCUCGUCACCGGAGCCCCAGUGAGAGCAGCAGAUACAGCUGAGGUGUCUCUGUACAGGUUGUGUCCUAACUGUAAAUACCUGGUAACUUAAAGUGUACGAAACUGGACGGCAAUCUGUUGUGUGUUAGUCUUAGACCUCAAUCCAGUAGUGGGUUUUUCUUGUCACUUGCUUACAUGUGUGCAGAAGAAUUUAAAGUGCAGAUGUCCCUAGAAAUAUUUUUAUGCCCCAUUUUACAGUAGGCAACUAUGGAAUUUUCAUUUUCUUGAAUCAAGAAAUAAUAAAUUUGAUGUUAAGUAUAAUUUGCAGUGUUACUGUAGGUAGAUUUUCUGUGUAUCACAUUGUCCAUAGAAUCCAGGUUUCUUUUUGUCAGUGUUUCAGGUUUUAGUGUCCAUGCUGCCAGACAGAUUUGUGGAGAGCUGUCACAAGACACAUGUUUCUGUGUCCCCAUGCUGGUUGUCUUCUCUAUACGCUGUCAGAUCAGACUGUCCACAUCUGUAUUGAUUAUGGCCAGGUGUGCAGGGUGGUAGCCCAUACCACCAUGUCUGCAGCAGUCCGUCCCAGCUGUGAACACCCACACUGUC